UAUACAGGAUCGGGUCCUGUCUCGAUUACUCGGUAUAUAAGUGCAAAUUCAGGGGGCUGAUCACCUCCUCGUCGUGUCCCGGCCAUGCCCACAACUCACUUGGACUUCCACACUCUUGUUCCUGAAGUGGCGGACGCCGAGGCCAUGAACACAACUGUGGGAAGAGCGAUUUGCCAUCAGUACCUGUUCGACCGGAGAACAUCACCGAGGGAAGUGAGUCUCUGGGCACCUGGAGAGCUGCAAGAGUUCAAUAUAAGUCUGCAGUGUGUCGAUCGCCUCUACCACAUUUACAAAAGUGAGGACCACAUCUUCGAGCUGGUGACGCGCGUCGAGUACAAGGAUCGAUAUUUAUUUGUGGAAUUGAGCUGCAGUUGUUACUUUGAGGGCUUCGAGUGCCAAGGUGGAGGGCAGAUCUACGUGAGCUACAGCGCCAGUCUUUUCACCAAGGUCAUCACCACCAAGCUGUGGAAUGAAGAACUGUUUUACCAGUCGCUGGCGCAAGACGGCUACCUGGUGGAGGGGCGUAGUGUGUUUGAGCGUUGCCCACCCGCCCGGUGGCACACCCCGCCCUCCCUCAUGGCUCUGAGCCACCUCACCGUCAGUAAUAACAAAGACAACCUCGGACACUACCGGGAGCUUCUGCCCACUGCCGUGGCUCAGAGCGUCGACGAGUUCGUACAGGUACAGGAGGCCGUGAAGGACUAUGACGAGUGGGAGUAGCAAGAGAGUUUGUCACUCUCUCGAAUUAGAUUAGUGAAGUAUAUUUGAUAUGUGUCAUAAUAACAAGUCUACUUCUAGGAAUAAAGUUGUUUACACCAAGGUCUAGUAACAGCUCAACAACAGUGUAAAAAAAUGUACCUGGAAUUGCUAUCAACUCUGCCAACAAAUCUGUUGCUGCCUUUGUAAAAACAAGAUCUUGGCCUCACUUCUGAUGUCAACAGAAAGAAAUUGUUGGUUCCUCAACGGAGGCAUGGAAAAUCACAAUAAAUACUGAUUCUUGUGAUUACAAUUCCUUUUAUCUCUACUAUAUUUUUCACAGAAUAAUAAAGAGUGAGAUGUCA